GGUCAGUUAUGUUAUGGAAUGUAUUGUAAUGUAAUUUUAUUUUAAAAUUCAGUUUUUGUAGAUUUAGUUUUUAUUUUUUUGUACACUGUUGAUUAAUUAAUACAUUUGUUUUAUAUAAUAAAACAUUUUUUACUACAACAAAAUGAAGAUGGCAAAAUCAAAUAUAUAUUUUUCGUUGGUUAUAUUUUCAACAAUAUUCAUACAAGGUGAGUAUUAUGGGGAGUGGCCCUGAGGACUGUGAUAUUUUUUGUUGUAAUAUUUAAUUGAUUCUUUAAAGAGAAUAUGCAUCAGCAUUAUUUUAUUCAUUUUUAUUGUAUAGCUCAAUCAUAUUUACUAUGCUACCAAUGUGUUUCAACACAUCCUGGGUGUGGUUCACCAUUUAAGUGGUUGUGGUAUAAAACAGUAUCUUGUCCCGAAGAAGAUGACAUAUGUGUAAAAGUUAUAGAGAAAAUUGGAGGUAAGUAUUUAUUUUUUGACAAUAAAAAUUAUUUUUGUUUUGUUUGUAUAAGGUGCCAUCUUUUGGUUUCGAAAAAAAUAACUAUAUUUUAUGAUGUUUGAUGCAGACACCUUAAACAUUUAUAAUAUACCAUUUUAACCUUUAUUUUUCGGUACAUUUUAAUAUAUAUAUAUAUAUAUAUAUAUAUAUAAAUAUAAAUAUAUAUAUUAGGUGUCCACUCCUUAUUAUUAAAAUAUAAGUAUAUUAAACAUGUUCUUAUAAAGAAUUUAGUUUUAUUAAUAAUAUAAACAUUAUGUGUUAAGUUAAUAUACAGAGUUUUAUAUUAUAGGUUUAAGUUAUGAUUUUAAAUACCUGAAAAACUGACAAUAUAUGUAAAUUUUUGAUAACUAUUAUUUAAUAAGUAAUAAUAUUUAACAAAUCUUGUAAAUAUUCAUCAGUAUGUAGAGAAGAUUAAGUGAUUGUACUCCGAAUAAUCAAUGUACAUAACCUGCCAUAAUGUGGCAGUCUACUAUCUUUUAUGAUUUGAUACCAUUAAAAAAAUUAUUGCUUCUGCCGUAUUAACGUAAUAUGACAUUUUUCAUAUUUUUGAUAUAGAAGUAUUAUCUGUCAAUGUGUUAACAUUUUGUUAUGUAGCAUAUUAUAUUUAUUAUUUACUUAACAUUAAAGGAAGAAGUACGCAGUGUUCUACUAUUAUACACUCAUAAAAUAUUUAAAUUGUUUUAUACUAUCCCACAAACAAUUCCCGCAUAAAAAAAAAUUCAGGACUUUUUUAAAUAGCCACUGUAUUUGAUAGCUAUUUAUUAAAGUUUUCCAAUUUUUGAAAAUAGAAUUAUCUUGAUGUUUUUAUAUAUCUUUGUAAAAUCAGUUCAUAGGAAUGUUAUAUAUACAUGUUUUGUUUUCGGCUAUAAAAUCUAAUAGCACAUAGUUCUAAAAUCGGAGAAAAAUUAGUAGAGGGACGCAAGUGUAAAAGAAUUAAAAAUGUUAGUACCUGAAGAUUUAUUGUCUUAUUGACUUCACAGUUUAUAAUAGUAAAAAUAGUUAACAUUUUAUAUUAUAUUUUAAAACAUUAUUUCAAAACAUGAUUUUAAUGGUAAUAAUAAAGUUUAGUUGUUAUUAUAUAUUUUACAGGCUAAACCCAACUAAAAGAUAACUGAGUUUAUCCUAGGCAAACUAUAUUAGACUAGGAUAAACUGAUUAAGACUGUUAAUAUUAUUGUGAUUAAUGUGAUACAACACAUUGUAUUACUAUAAUAAUAACUAGUAUAGAAAUAAUAUUGUAGUAUAAGUAUUAUUGCAGAUUUGUUUGUCCGUUUGUUAGUCUAAUCAAUUUAUUGUUAUUAUAUAGAUAACAUUUUAUGAUAAAGAUAUGAUUAAAAUAUUUAUUAAAUAAUAAUUAUAAACGACAUAUCUUAAUAUAAUAUAUUAAUAUCGACUGAUAAAUAAUGAGUAAUACAAAUAUCUUGGAUACACUUUACCUAGCAUUUAAUAAUUUCUCAAUGAUUACAUUUAUAAUUUAAAUGUAUGUAUGGCUUAUUUAAUAUAUGAUUUAUAAAAUUAAUAUUUACUUUUCUACAACAUUUGUUUAAUACAUUUUAGCUGAAGAACGUAUUACUCGUGAUUGUUUGAGUUCAUUGAAAGGUUUUCGAACAGAUAUUCCAUCAGACAAAUAUGAGGGUUGUAGACCAAGUUCUGUAGACUUGAAACUAGGAAACUAUGUCAAUAAUUCUAUAUCUGAAUUGGAUAUUAAACGGUAAUAUCUGCAUGGAUAUUAAAUUAAAUAUUAGAUUUUAAUUAUUUUUAAAAUUUACAGAAACCACUACGAUUCAACUACAUGGUGCUUUUGUUAUUUUGAUCAUUGGUGUAACUCAGCUAACUUAUCUACGUCAUCCAAUUUGCUUAUUGUUUUAAUAAGUAUAUAUUUUUUUGUUAGAAAUAUUGAUCAGUGAUUCAUUUUUUAUGAACAUUAAUUUACUCUUUAAUUAUUAAAUCUGAAAACAAAGUAGGUAUGUAUAUUGAUAAUCUUCGUUCUCCACAGAAAUUUGACAAGUAUAAUAACUUUUGGUCUAUUUGAUAUUUGUAAUUUUUUGAUAAUAAUUACUUUCUGUCUAUAAUUCCUCCAUUUUAUAUUUUAUAAUUUUUUUUUAUUUUAGACAAAAAUUUAUCAACAAAAUUAUUAUUAUUAAAAUUUUUUAUAUAAUACUAAACAAUAUCAAUCAAUUCAUUAAAAAAAAUAAAAUAAUUUUGUUAACUUCAAAAAAUCAUUAGUAAAUAUUUGCAACAUCGAAAUUUUGUUUCAAAAUAUAUUUAUAAAAUAGUCGUUUUAAAUUUUGUUAAAAUAAUUUUUUAUUGUUAUCAAAAAAAAAAAUUAAAUAGAGGAAUCAUAGAUCAAGGAUUCAGUAAUUAUCACAAGGAAAAACAUUUUUAAAUAUUGAAUAAAAGAAAAGUUUUGCAUUUAUCAAAUAUUUGUGAAACACCAUAUAUAUGUCGCAUCCACAUAAUGAAAUUACUUAUUUCAUGAACUGGAUAUCCAGAUAGUGAAAUUUGUCCAGAUUGUGAAUUUUGACAAAAAUACAUUAUAUGGACAUCCAUUUCAUGAAAUGGAAAAUUAUAUAAACCAUGCAUAUAUUGUAUUGUAUAAAUGACGGAGUUACCUAUGAAGUAUUUUGAAGUAAUUAUGAAAUGAUCUAUACCUAUAUUUGUUAUAUUGUUUUAUUACAAAAUAAUUAAUAACUACACCUAUUUAUUUUAUCAUGAAAUGAGUGAUUUCACUGUGUGGAUGCGACAUAUACAUAAUUUUUAAAUUUUUAUUAUAUAUUACUAUAGAAUUAAAAUUAUUAUUUAAAAAAAAAUAUUUAACUGUUUAUUAUUAGAAAAAAAAAACAUAUUAUUGAACACACCAUAAUAUUGUUUGAUAAUUUCAAUUAUAAUACUUUUACUAAUUAAGCAUUACUAUUCAACUAUUCAACUAUUACACCAUGCCAACAUCAACUGUCUCUGUCUUACAAACGUGAGACGUAGAAAAUUUGCAUUCUUAGUACACAUUUUGUGCCGUUAGUUUAUCAUUAAAGCAAAUAAACUUAUUAUUAUACUUAAAAGUAAGAUUAUAUGUGUCCUCUCAUUAAUGUUUUUUCUAUAUUUUAAUUUUUAAUAAAGGUAAGAAAUAGGGAAGUAUUACUAUAAUUAAUAAUAUAAACAAGAUAGAGAAAAAAAUAAUCUGUAACAUUUUAGAGCUACUUAUGUUUCUUAAUUUUUUUAAAAAUAGUAGUUAUUUAUCAUUUGGCCAUUUUUACAAUAAAAAAAAACCGUAACAUAUCUUUAAAAAAAUAAAUAUUAUUAAUUAAAUUAAUUCUUAGAUAAAGUUGUGUUCUUAUUAAUUGCUUCAAUAUACAGCUAUACAGUUUUAAGCUAAAUCAUAUAGGUAAUAUUCUAAAUACUAACGAUAAGAUAAUUUUUCGACACAAGAUGUAUACGAGUGUAUUAUGUUAAACACUCUCGCUGACGUAGCUGUAACUUAUUCUUAAGAGGACGCCACAUCAAAAUCUACUGUCUCUGUCUUACAAACGCGAAACAUAGAAAAUUUCUCUUUAGUAGGACACAUUCUUGUAUCAUUAGUUUUAAUAAAAAAACAAAGAUAUAAACAUUUUUAAAUUGUGAUAUUUUAAGUACUCAUAUCUCGCUUAAAAAUUAAAUAUCUAAAAAAACAUCAAUGUCAAGGCACAUAUUAUAAUCUUAUCUUUAUGUUUGGUAAUAAGUCAAUUUGCUUUAAUAUUAAAACUAACGGCACACAAUUUGUUCUAUUAAAUGCAAAUUUGCUAUGUUGUACAUUUGUAAAAUGGAGACAGUAAAUGUUGGUGUGACAUCUUCCUAAAUUGAUGAUAUUUUAUUGCAAUUAAUAUAAAAUAUCAAAGAUAUUAAUUAGGUAGAAGUUUAAAUGUGUUUGAUAUUUCAUGUUAUAUCUUUGAUUUAGAGGCUGUCACAUUCAUAUUUAUUGUCUGUAAUUUAUUAUUUUUUCUCAUAAUUUCAAUAUGAAAUAUUUCAAAAGAUAAUUAAAUUAUUUGAGCCAUUUUGAUUAUGAUUAUUUUUUCAUUCUAUAAUUUGUUUCAGAAAAAAAACAGUUUAAUAAAAAAAUUGUUUAAAUUGUUUUUUAAUCAAUAAUUUCCUUUAAAAUACAAGUUACAAUCAGUCUGUCACUGUGUGAUGGUUUCUGAAUAUACAGUAGAAACCUCGAUCAAUUAACCUCAUAAUUAUACAAUAAAAUAUAUUAAUCUCAUUUACUAGAUACAAUAAAACAAUUUUGUAUAUUUCUUUAAUUUUAAAUUGUUGAGGCUUUACUGUAUAUUAUUGUUUAUUUUUUAGUGAGACUGUCUUAAAUUAAAAUAUAAUUAGGAUAAUUCUGUAUAUUUACUAAAGUCCGUCCAUUUUAUAUGACUUAAAUUUUGUAUUAAAUAUAAUUAGGAUAAGUCUAUAUUAACUAAUGUCUGUUCAUUUUAUAGCACUUAAAUUUUGUAUAACAAAUAAUGAUUUGUACUUAUUUUCUGAAAUAAAC